AUGAAAAUGCUCCUUCGCUUCCUGCAGGCCUUCGGGCUCCUGCUACUCGCCAGUAUGGCCACCGCUGAGCACACAUCCAACUGGGCAGUACUAGUGUCUACCUCCCGCUUUUGGUUCAAUUACCGCCAUCUCGCCAACGUCCUAUCUCUGUACCGAACCGUGAAGCGACUUGGAAUCCCCGACUCCCAGAUCAUCCUUAUGCUCCCAGACGACAUGGCCUGUAACCCGCGCAAUGCCUUUCCCGGAACUGUUUACAGUAAUGCGGACCGCGCGGUGGACCUUUACGGUGACAAUAUCGAGGUUGAUUACAGGGGCUACGAAGUGACUGUGGAGAACUUUAUCCGGCUCUUGACCGACCGACUUGACGAGGAUGUGCCCCGCAGCAAACGCUUGGGCUCGGAUGCAGGCAGCAAUGUCCUGGUAUACAUGACCGGCCAUGGCGGAGAUCAGUUCUUAAAGUUCCAAGACGCAGAAGAAAUCGGAGCAUGGGACUUGGCCGAUGCAUUCGGCCAGAUGUGGGAGAAAAAGCGAUAUCAUGAACUGCUGUUCAUGAUUGAUACCUGCCAGGCCAAUACUAUGUACACGCAUUUCUAUUCGCCGAAUAUUAUCGCGACGGGAUCGAGUGAACUGGACCAAUCAUCCUACUCGCACCACGCCGACAACGACGUUGGAGUGGCCGUCAUCGAUCGCUGGACCUACUACGUGCUUGAAUUCCUAGAGACACAAGUCACCAGUGCGACUUCGAAGUUGAAUCUGGGCGAUCUGUUCGACUCUUACGAUGAGUCCAAGAUCCACUCUCAGCCUGGAGUUCGGUGGGACCUGUUCCCGGGUGGCGAGCAAGAGGGCCGUCUCCGGACUGUCGUUGAUUUCUUCGGCAAUGUGCAGAAUGUUGAAGUGGAAGAUGCAAACGCAACAGACCCCGGGUCUCUCAAAGAAGAUCUCGCUGAAAUCGCCCGCUUAGUAGAGAAAUGGCAGAAACGAGAUGCCGAGUACUCUGCCAUUCUGAACUCGUCUCAGAUCAAUAAGGAUCAGCAUUCUGUGCACCUUGCUGCCAGAAAAACUGUUGGUCCAACACGGAUGGUUGAUGGGGGGAGUUGGAGCAAGCGGCUGGUUGGUGUGUCUGUCAUUGGCCUGUGCUCGGCGGUCUGGGUCGCUGGCUUGUAUUUAGGUCGUUCUGUGAAGGCGUGA